UCAAUGAAACCAAAAGCUAUUUGUAUAAUGAAUUAUGAAGAUUAUGUGCUGGACCUUCGUUUGGUCUUCCAAAAUCUGGAGAAAGAGUUAUUACUUUCCUCAAGGACACAUAGAGCAGAUUUGUUUUUCUCCAUGUAUCCUUAUAUAUUCUCUCCCAUUUUUCUAUCUUGGCUUCUUGAAGCAUCUACAAAUAAUGAGUUGGCCCAAAUCCAGCCACUUUAUGAUAUUCCUUCAAAGCUUUCAUGUAAUGUUAUUGGAAAUCAGCUAAAUAUAGAAAACUAUACAAAUGAAUUGUAUGCUGAAGAAGUUGGAAUCCCUAUUCCAAGUAGCAAUCAAGAAAAUCCAUAUAAUUAUUAUUUCACCAAAGUUUUAAGUGCUUCUGAUACAAGUCCACAUGGUGGAUUAUCGGUUCUCAAAAAACAUGCACUUGAAUGUCUUCCCCCUUUGAAUAUGUCUCAUCCUACACCAACACAAGAAAUAGUUGCAAAAGAUCUGCAUGGUCGUGAAUGGAGAUUUAAACGUAUAUUUAGAGGUGUGUAA